CCCGCCAACCCCACCUCAAAGUCAACAACACAACAGGCACAUCAGGACUCAGACCUCGCUCACUAGACACCAUCCAGGCAACCAUAACUAGGGAAAGCAUAAAACCUUUACAGGAUCUUAAACAACCGCCAGCAUCCACAACCUCGGGACACCAACCUUCCAAGAUGGCACCCCCAACGCCCCUCGCCAUUGCGACGCAGGCCGUCAACCGCCUCGUCAAGGAGGAAUCCUACUACCACAAAGACCAGGCCAGCCAGGAGAAGCGCAUCAAGAAGCUGGAAGAGGACAUCGAGAACAACAGUCCCGACCUGGAUACGAAUGCCGAGUACAUUCUGAAGCAAGAGAAAGCUGCGCUCGACGAGACCAAAGCCGUAUUCGAACCGUUGAGGAAGCGCAUCUCGGACGCGGUGGAGAAACUCGAGGAACAGAUUGCCAUUUCGGAGAGUGACGGGACUGGGUCUGAGGAAGAGCUCAAGAAGGCAAGGGAGGCGCUGGAGACGGGCCAGAAGGUUGCUGAGAAGUCGGAGUCGUCUUAGGUUCCACGCAUGAUUUUGUAUGUUGAUGAGAGAUGACGGGAGUACAUGUUCGCUGGGAAUCAAAUGCUGUCAAUGUCAAGUUAUGGUCUGCUCAAGCAGCUUACCUCACGCCAACAUAUUCCCGGGAGUGUCGA